AUGUCCUUCUGCAGAAACCUAAAGUCGGAAGGUUUCAAUCGUGAGCCAGACUCGAUUAAAAGACGGUACGAUUGUGUGAAGACUUGAAGCGUGAUUAAAUGUAAUGAUUUUCCAGACUGGCCGACUAUCUCCGAGAUAAAAUUGAAAAUAAUGGUUCUCUGGAUCUGGCUACGAAAUGCAGAAUGAUGUACGCGGCGUCGCUCCCGAUCUCGGACGAUUUGAGAGCGGAGCUCGAGGAGCACGGCACGUUGAAGCACGACGACGAGAAAAAAACGAUUCAGUCGUAA